GCGCAUGCGCAUCACGACAUUCACUUCUGUGCUAGCUAGCUACGUAUGGAGUUCCGAGCAUUUUGUUCCGUAGUUUCUGUUCUGGUGAUCGCUCUUCUCGGGUGGUGCAGUGUCAAGACGCUCGCGCUCACAGAGUCAAAUAGAAUCCAAGCAGGAUCGUCGUGUCCCAGCUACUUUCCGGGAGUGAGUCCCAACUCUAGACCGCUGGUUGGCUGCAGAACAGGCCCUGCCAUCGGAAAUGUGGACCACGUACAGGCCUUUGGUUUCAGAGGCGCCGAUGUGGACCUGAGAUCGUGCGACCUACCGGAGUACCCCGAGACCAAUCGCAGGGUCUGCUACAGGACUACGAUUGACUUGUGUGGAACAGAGUACAGACUGUAUCUUAAACAGAAGAAACUUCCAAGGAACAGAGAACUCUGUCUCUAUAACAUCUCUGUACCUGACUGUAAGUCUGGAAGAGUUCUAAUUCACCAAUCUGAGGACAACCUUCUUCAACUAGAGGAGAGAGGAGAAAAUGGAAAAUGUAUGGACUAUCUACAGUUCUACUAUGAUAGUUGUGAGCGUAACUCCAUAGAACAGACAAAUCGGUUUUGUGGCGUGGAGCUGAAGAGUCGAACUGAUGAUGAUCCCAUUGUACUCCCGACCACCAAUUUCUUAGCAGUAUUCUGGACUGACACUCAGAAUAACUAUGUGGGGUUUGGGAUGAGGCGAUAUGUCAGGAAGGGAUGCAAUCUGAUACUCUGUUCGGCAAUGUCUGGCCAGCUACUGUUAUACGCGGUCGCUCUCGCGUGGCUACUCAACGUCGCCGUCACCGACGGCGGCGAAACGACGUGGAUACUGGCUCAGGGAAACGGAGCAUCGGCCGCCGCGCAGUCGGGCGAGGAGGAGAUGACGGACGCGGGUAACACUUCGGAAAAUAGCACUGGGAGCGGAGAGGAGCAAGAUUACUGCCCCGGUUACCGGACGGGGAACCCGGGGCGCUUUUCUACUGAGACUGCGGGUUGCGCUACGGGUGCGGGGAUCGGGGUAGUGGAUCACAUGCUGGCGUUCGGUAUCGGCUCUCACGUGCGGAACCCCAACUGGACUGAGUGCGGCAUCCCCUUCUUGCCCAACGAAAAUGAGCGUGUGUGCUACAAGACGACGGUGUAUCAGUGCCAGGAUGGCUACAGCAUCUAUCUCAACCAUCGAAAUCCGCACAAUCUACUCUCUUCCUGCGCCAACGAAACUGAUGAAAUACCACCCUCACCGCUAGGCGGACGGUUCUUGCAGUCACCGCGCUACGGCUGCUUAAACUCGCCGGAUGCCAACAACUUCAUGAACUACAGAAACAGCGAGUUCUGUCUUUAUGACUUGUCCCUCCCCGAAUGUACAUCAGGACGUUUAGUCAUCGACAACACCCUGCACUACACCCAGGAAAUGGAGAGACGCCAACGCUACCACAUCUGCACAGACUAUCUCCAGUUUUUCACAGACGGCACUCCCUACCAGCGGUUCUGUGACUCUGAGCUGUCGCGACUAAAGCUGGAGAUCCCCAACACGCGAGUCACUGCACUGUUCUGGACCGACACGUCGUACAGCAGACUCGGUUUCAAGCUCCGUGUGACUUGUGCAGACAGCACCUGAAAAAUGAAGACUGUUGGAUAAUUAUUAUUGUUAUAUUAUCAUAAUCAUCACUCCUGUCUUAUCACAACGAUCAAUUAUUUUGAGAAUUUGUCUAAAUUACUCGUGGCUUCAAAUGCAUUAGCUGACUUCAUGUCUCAGAUUCUUCCAAACAUACUUCAAGUGCCUCUCUAUCUAUCGCCUAUCGGUGCUCUGUUAUUAUUGUAUAUCAAGUCUCAAUAUUAAGUUUAAGGGUUGGAAGGAAUUUAUACCCAACAGCUGUCGAGUCUAUCCAAUACACUUGAUCCCAUC